AGCUGCAUAAAAGUCUUAGAGCUUCCUGCUCCCCGCAGAACAGCGCAACAUCACACGGAACCGUCACGCACGAUGUCAGCCGCGCAGUGGAAGCAGAAGUGUGAGGCUGAGUGGGGUCUACGGGGAGCUCCGAUGCCCGACGAUGUGGACUGGAAGUCCGUGUAUGAAGCCAAACCACUGGGACGGAACCUGCUGAAGAACCCGUCUCCUCUCGGGUUUAGUAAGGACAGCCCUCCACCUGAACCUGAACUGCCAGAUGUGCCCCCAAGUGGCCCUCCACGCUUUCAGCCUGAUGGUGACUUUGCUGGCUGGACCACGAGCACAGAGGUCCUGCCAUAUGACACCAGUGGCAUCCCAGAGGGAGCAGUGGUCUGUGGGUUGCCAAGGCAUAGCUGGUUCACUUUGGAGCAGCUGGUGGACCUUAAGGCAGAGGGACUGUGGGAUGAGCUGUUGGAUACCUUUCUGCCUGAAAUAGUUAUUCAGGAUUGGUAUGAGGAAAGUCAGCUGCAUGAGUUCAUCUACCAGCUGCAUGUAAAGCUGCUGGCUGCAGACAAAAUAACAGUGAUUUCAGAGCACACAGCUGCGCCCACAGAGGACCUCAGUGUUUACUCCCACAACUGGAAGGAGGUGUCCCAUGUGUUCUCUAGCUAUGGUCCUGGUGUGAGAUACGUCCACUUCCAGCACAAACUGAAGAACAGCUUCCUUAACGAUUUCUUCCCCACACUCUUCACUGGUAGCUCUGUGAUUGUAAAACCAGUCAAAAGCAGUUCAUAGGGUUACCGCAGGUAACCCCACGUGUCUGAUCAACCAAGUCACAGGAAGUUACAAAGGCUUUCAAAAGAAUAGAAUAAAUGUUGGCCUGUGUUAAUCA